AUGUUCCAUCUAUCUACAAAUUUGGCGGGUGAGCCGAAAGCCCUCAUACGGCAUCUGCCAAUUUCCGAGCAAAAUUACAAUAUAGCUUGGGAUAUUCUGUCAAAUCGGUAUGACAACAAACAACUCUUGGUGACAGCAUUACUAAAUAAAUUGUUAUCACAACCAAAUAUAACAAUUGAAUCAGCAAGCAGUCUUAAGGGCAUACAUGAUGUUACAAAAGAAUGUUAUUAUGGAUUAGCAGCUCAAGGUAUUGAUGUUAAAUCUUGGGACGCCAUAAUGGUUCACGUGAUUAUUAGAAAGCUAGACAAAGCUUCACAUACAGCAUUCGAGCAAUCGUUAGAAGACAGCCGAAGAAUAAUUUCAUUAAAAGAAUUAUUGCGGUUCCUAGAAGGAAGAUUUCAGGCAUUCGAAUCAAUGACGAAUGGAAACCACAAACAAAGUCACAAACCACGACAUCCAGCAGUAGCACUUGCAGCUACAGACUCAGGAUCAAAAUGUAUUACUUGCAAUAGUAGUCAUCAAUUAUUUUCAUGUGAAACUUUCAAACGUAAAUCCAUACAACAGAAGUAUGAUUUACUAAAACGUCAUAAAUUGUGCACAAACUGCAUGAAACCUGGUCAUAUGGCAUUACAAUGCUCCAGCAGGAGUUGUACUAUAUGCCAAAGAAGACAUAAUACACUGUUGCAUCAAAAUAGACACCCAGUUCAACCAUCAAAUCAUAAGUUAGUUGAAAACACUUCAAGGCCACUUGCACAAACAACUCUAAUGUCAUCCAUCAAUCAUGGUCAUACCAGUUGUGUUCUUUUGGGAACAGCAAAACUUUUAGCAUCUAACUCUAAUGGAAGAACAGUCGAGUGCAGAGUAGUAUUGGAUUCAGGUUUACAAAUAAAUAUUGUGACUGAACGAUUGGCAUCCAGAUUGGGUCUGCAAGUAAGCUCCAGUUCGAUUUGCAUCGAAGGCAUAGGGAUAGGUAAAUUGAGUUCUAAAAGUCGUACAACACUUUCUGUGCAAUCAAAAGUGACCGAUUACAAAAUAAUACUUGAAGCAUUUGUGUUGCCAAAAAUUGUGUCCAAUCAACCAUCGCAACACUUACAAAUUUCAAAUUGGAAUCUGCCCAAUAACAUCCAAUUAGCAGAUCCUACAUUUUAUAAGUCUGAUAAAAUUGAUAUGUUGCUUGGAGCAGAAUUUUAUCAUCAACUCCUAAGUCCUGGUCAAAUACAACUUUCAAGGGAACUACCAAUUCUACAGAACACUGUGCUCGGAUGGAUCGUUGAAGAAGUUGAUACUCACUCAAAGGUCUUGUCAAUAGCAGAGCAACAAUGUGAAGCUCAAUUCACUCAAACUACAUAUCAGAAUGUUACGGGACGAUUCAUCGUACGUCUUCCUUUUAUAAAUGACAGAUUCGCUUUGGGAGGUUUGAAAGACAUUGCUACAAAUAGAUUUCUAGCACUAGAGCGUAGACUUUCAAAGGAUAGUCAUCUCAAACGACAAUAUGUAGAGUUUUUAGAUGAAUAUGAAAAAUUGGGACAUAUGACCGAAAUAGAUAUUGAAAGGAUUAUGUCACCACAUUACUUUAUCCCACACCAUUGUGUGCUUAAACCCGACAGUACCACCACUAAGUUACGUGUGGUAUUUGAUGCAUCAUCCAAAACAACAUCAGGGCAAUCUCUCAAUGAUUUAUUACAUAUCGGACCAACUGUUGAAAGUGAAUUACUGUCUAUUUUAUUACGAUUCCGUCUUCCUCGUUAUGUGUUUACAACAGACAUUGAAAAGAUGUACCGACAAAUACUUGUACAUCCAGAAGACAGACAAUGUCAGCUUAUUGUUUGGAGAAAUGAACCAAGUCAACCUAUAAGGUACUUUGAACUCAACACAGUAACAUAUGGUACUAGAUCAGCACCGUAUCUAGCAACCAAAUGUUUGCAAGUUUUAGCUGAUGACAAUAUGCAAAAUUAUCCAUUAGGUGCAUCUGCUUUCAAACAAAACUUCUAUGUAGAUGACUGUUUACACGGGGCAGAUAGUCUGAGAUCAUUGUUGGAAACUCAGAGUCAAUUAAACAAAAUACUGACAGCAAGCGGUUUUAAAUUGCGAAAAUGGUGCGCAAAUCAUCCAAGUCUACUACAAGGAAUUCCACACGAUGACUUAGAAGUCAAUUUAGAUUUAGAAAAUAACGAUACAACAAAAACUCUUGGGUUAUCCUGGUGUCCAAAAUCUGAUAGUUUAUGCGUCAAGGUUAAAUUGGAACCUGUUUGCAGCACGACGAAGAGCAGUGCAACCUCAGAUUUAGCAAGGCUAUUUGAUCCACUAGGACUUUUGUCACCAGUUGUGGUGAUGGCAAAAAUCUUUAUUCAAGAAUUAUGGAAUUUAAAGAUGGAUUGGGAUGAAAAACUGCCGACUGAAUUACAUAAACAGUGGUUAGAGUUCCGGAACAAUUUGACAAAAGUAAAUUGUCUGCAGAUAUCUCGUCAUAUUUUCAAAGGCGAAGUUCCUGCCAACAUUCAAUUACACAUCUUUACAGAUGCAUCAGAAAAGGCAUAUGGUGCUGCAGCGUAUUUGCGAUCAACACUUCAGAAUGGUCAAAUUAUUGUACGACUAUUGUGCGCCAAAUCUCGGGUUGCACCUUUGAAAAGGUUGACAUUACCUCGUCUCGAACUUUGUGCAGCUGUGGUUGGCGCAGAACUAGCAACAAGAAUAAAGAACGAUCUACAAAUAAGAAAUUACCAGACGUUCUUUUGGUGUGAUUCACAAAUAGUGAUAUCAUGGAUCAACUCUCCAUCAUCAAAGUUUCACACUUUCGUUGCAAACAGAGUAAGCAACAUUCAUCAUUUAACAGCCACAAGUCAGUGGCGCCACGUCAGUUCGGAACACAAUCCAGCUGACAUUUUAUCAAGAGGCCUUGCACCCCAUAAACUACAGUCAUCAAUUAUGUGGUUUUAUGGACUUAUGUUCCUGCAUGGUCGGGAAGAACUGUGGCCUUCAAAACCAUCAUCAGCGCUAAAAUCCGAAACCCUCAUUGAUCCUGAACGAAAGAAGGAAACUCCAGUAUCUAUAUUAUCUGUUGUUGAAGGCACAGCAAAUCCUGGAGAGUUCAUAUACUCAAUACGACACAACAACUCAUUUGGAAGACUUCAACGGAUAUUAUCGUAUAUAUUAAGAUUCGUAAAAAGAACCAGAAGAAAACAAAAUGAUCAUUCAAGCAAUUUUUUGACUCCAGAUGAUCUAGAUGCAGCACAUCAGGUCAUCAUCAAAAGUAUUCAAUAUGCAGAAUUUAAAAAUGAAAUCAAAAUUAUGAAAUCUGAUGGAAGAAUAAAUAAGUCCAGUGCAUUGGCAUCACUAGCACCUUUUACUGAUAAUACGGGCAUCAUAAGAGUUGGUGGACGUUUGGAUGCAGCCUCAUUAUCGUAUGACGCCAAACAUCCUAUGUUGUUGCCUUAUAACAACCCCAUUGUCAAAUUAAUAAUGGAACAAGUCCAUAAGAAAUACAUGCACUGUGGUCCGCAGUCUCUCCUAGCUAACAUGCGUCAACGAUACUGGCCAAUUAAGGGCAAAUUGAUGGCAAGGUCAGUAGUACAACAUUGUGUACGUUGUACUAAAGUAAGACCACGAUUUUAUGAACAACUGAUGGGUAAUUUGGCAGCGACAAGAGUACAACCUGGGCGACCAUUUCUCACCACUGGAGUGGACUUUUGCGGACCUUUUUGGAUACAUUACAGAAUUCGAGGCAAGAAACCACACAAGGUAUACAUUGCUGUGUACUGUUGUUUUACAACUAAGGCAGUUCACCUCGAAGUAGUUAGCGAUUUAACCACAGAUGCAUUCAUCGGAUCGCUGAAACGUUUUAUUGCUCGAAGAGGACACUGCAAAAAUUUGUUUUGUGACAAUGCCACAAAUUUCGUGGGAGCAAGCAAUCAAUUACUUGAACUUGCAGACUCAAUUCAAACAAGCAAGGCACAAGAGAAGAUAAUUAACGAAUGUAAUGAAAGAGGAAUAACAUUUAAAUUUAUUCCUCCUCGUGCACCGCACUUCGGUGGACUGUGGGAAGCAGCAGUCAAAUCGGCAAAACACUUAUUGAUACGAAGUACUAAGACGACUUCACUAACAUAUGAGGAACUAGAGACUGUGGUAUUAGAAGUCGAAGCAAUACUGAACUCUCGACCAUUGACACCUAUGUCGAGUAAUCCGAAUGACUUGUCAGCACUAACACCUGGUCAUUUCUUAAUCGGAGAACCACUCACAGCAAUGGCAGAUGCAAAGGCCCAAUCAGGAAAUAUAAAUCUGGUGACAAGGUGGAAAUUAGUUUCUCGCCUCAAAUUGGACUUUUGGGAACGUUGGAAAACCGAGUACCUCACUGAACUACAAUGUCGACACAAAUGGAAAGCAGCCAAUCCAAAUAUAAAAAAAG